AUGCCCGUCUUCCACAGCGACGCGUCGAAGGUCUCCUCAAAGGGCCUGGGCUUGAAGAAGGCCCACCCCGGCAGACAGAACAACUUCACCAUCAACGCCUCCCAGGCUGGGGGCAACAUCCUAUACGUGGGGGUGUACGGCCCCAAGGGCCCCUGCGAUGAAGUUUCCAUCAAGCACAUCGGCCACUACAACUACAACGUGAACUACGUGAUCAAGGAGAGAGGGGAACAUUGCCUCAUUGUCAAGUGGGGAGAGGAACACAUCCCCGGCAGCCCCUUCAAGGUUACCACCUAAUCCCCCAGCCGUGGGGAUGUUCUCUCAACCCUCUGCAAUUGGGGGAGGCUAACCUCGGAGCUUCAAUCCCCAUUUAGGAGAAGAAUCGCUGACCCUUAGAAAUUGUACCAAGAACUUUCGUUUUUAGGGUAAACUUUCGUUUUUAGGGUAAACUUUCGUUUUUAGGGUAACUUACUUCAUGUAGGGUAAUUAAUUUGAAGUCCAUCAUGUCUUGGUCCCUACAACUUCAGAAGGUAAAAUUGAAAAAAUGUUAUUCGUACGGAUCUUUAACAUCAACCGAUGUUACUAGGGUUGAUAACAUAUCCAAGUUUCGCUAUGGUUUUCCAAGAAAUGUUCGUGCGAGAUCCUUUUAGUCCUAACAGACUCCUAUAUUUAUAUCCUUCAUGUCUUCCUUUGUGCCGCAAGUUAGAUCGUAAGUAUAAUGCUAGCCUCUCUUGUGCAUCUGGCAACAUUGAUGUCUGUGCAUCUGGCAACAUUGAUGCUUGUGCAUCUGGCAACAUUGAUGCCCGUACAUCUGGCAAUAUUGAUGUCUGUGCAUCUGGCAACAUAUGCUUGUGCAUCUGGCAACAUUGAUGCUUGUGCAUCUGGCAACAUUGAUGUCUGUGCAUCUGGCAACAUUGAUGUCUGUACAUUUGGCAACAUCGAUGCUUGUGCAUCUGGCAACAUAUAUGCCCGUAGGCCCCGUACAUCUGGCAACAUUGAUGUCUGUGCAUCUGGCAAUAUUGAUGAUUGUGCAUCUGGCAACAUAUAUGCUUGUGCAUCUGGCAACAUUUGUGUACGUGUUGUUCCCUAGUAGAAUAUUCGUGCCCUGAAAUAAUACAAGUC